UUCUGAGCUCUCGCCCUGUUUGCUUUCUUCAUCCAAAAGCUAUUUUCAAAAUGUCUCCCUCGUUUCUUGUCGUCGGCGCAACAGGCAAUACCGGCCGGGGGGUAGUAGAGAUCCUUUCGACCACGAUUCAAGCAAGCCCGAGCUUUUCUGGACACCGUAUCAUUGCACAGACACGCUCAGCAGCCGGUGCCGCAGCCAGCGAGCUCGCGAAGUUGGCUAAUGUCGAAGUUGUUGAGAUCAACUGGCCUGCGAUCUCAUCUCAAUGGCUGCGCGAGCAUGGCGUGGAAAGGGUGUUCAUCGCCUCGCACAAUCAACCUACUCAGUUUGCCGAAGAGUCAACCUUCCUGUAUGCAGCACUUAAAGCUGGUGUGCAAUACGUUGUACGGAUCUCCACAACAGCUUCAAAUGUGCGCCCAGAUUGCCCGACGUACUAUCCGCGUCAGCACUGGGCCAUUGAGGCGAUGCUUGAUACCCCAGCUUAUGCAGCAAUGCACUGGACAUCGCUUCAGCCAAACGUGUUUCUGCCAAUGUGGCUCUCGUCCGCUGCGGAGCUCAUAAAAAAGGUGCAAAGCACAGGCGGACAGCAGGAUGCGCUCCGGCUCAUGGCGAACGAAACCAAGCCCGUCGGUGCGAUAGACCCCACUGACGUCAGCACGGCAGCCGCAAAGCUCCUUCUUUCUCAAGACAGCUCGAAGCACAACAAAGCAAGAUACGUGUUGAACGGGCCAGAGACCAUCACAGGGGCACAGAUUGUGGCAAUGGUCGAGCAGCGCAUUGGCACCAAGGUCGACGAAGUUGUCUUUAGCGACAUGUCGAUGCUGGAGGCUUUCGCAGCGGCGGCGCCGGAUUCCAAGCACCUUGUCGACACAAUGAAGGAUGCAGCGAACGAGACAUUUAACUCUCCACUUCCAACUGUGCCAACGAGCCGGGAGAUCCUGGAACUGGCAGCUCCGAAGGUGACACCCGCUGAUGCCCUGGAGCAGCUGCUAAAGUAGGGCGGUAUGAGACAGAGUUCGCGAGCAAGAGGCAGGAACUAGGAAAGACAUAGAUAACAUUUUUAAGCUGAGAAUUGAUGUUUGUCGUUGUUACAGG